AGUAAUGUUCUGAGCGAGAGGGAGUUCACACACGACUGAACUGUAGCUUGUUUACUCGUGAACUGAUUAUAUUACAAUAGGGACUACAUACAAGUAACAGCGUGAAAAUACAAAGUAUAAAGGUCAACACUAAACAAUGGUAUACACAAACACUACGACAUUACACACGCAGGCUACCAUCGACGAUUUAUUGGAUUUUUUGUUUGUUUACUUGGUUUGAUUCAAUUUUGAAUACAAUACUACUCUUUCAUUGGGUGAUAUGCUUGACCUGUUUACAAAGGUAUUUCAGAAAAGGAUUAUCAACGGACUAAGUACUCGAGCAUCCGCUUAAAAAUAUGGCAGCCGUUGGUACAGCACCACUUUCAGAAGAGGACACCGAGAGAAUAAAGCAAGGAUAUCCAAGCACUGUUUUAAACUUAGGCCAUAAAUUGAUCAGAACAAUACCUGGGAAUUAUGUUCUUCCUGCAGCUUACGAAAAGGUUAAAGACAGAAUAAAAUGCUGGGAUGUACGCAAAGAUGAUAUUUAUGUUUUUGCUUUUCCAAAGAAUGGGACAACCUGGACACAGGAGCUUGUAUGGUGCGUCCAGAAUGACUGUGACAUCGGAAAGGCCAAGUCCGUCGAUUUAAUGGAGAGAGUUCCAUUUUUAGAAGCACCCGUUCUUCUCCAUUUCCUAGAUGAUGAUGCCAUUUGCGCUAUAGAAAAUAUGGCUUCGCCACGAAUCUUGAAGUCUCACCUUGCAUUCUGCCUUUUUCCUGACGAUCUGUUAGACAAGAGCAAAGUGGUUCUAUGUUUGCGAAACCCUAAAGACACUGUGGUAUCAUUUUAUCAUCAUCAACAGUUAAUGAAGCACUUAAAUUUCGUUGGUGAGUUUAAGACUUUCUUUAAUCUGUUCAUGGAUGAUUUGUGCAAUUUCUGUCCGUAUUUUGAUUAUGUGGCUGAGGCAUGGCAAAGAAGAAACCACCCCAAUAUGUGUAUUUUGUUUUACGAAGAAAUGAAAGCUGAUUUGGCUGGCAAUGUCAGACGGGUGGCAAGAUUUCUACAGAAAGAAAUGACAGUCGGCCAAGUGCAGAUUUUAGUUGACCAUUUGAGCUUCAAAAAAAUGAAAGAAAACAAAGCUGUAAACAUGGAAAGUUUACGGGAAAAAAAUUUGCUAACUACAAAAGGGGAUUUUAUUCGAAAAGGAGAAGUUGGAGACUGGAAGAAUUAUUUUGACGAUGAGAUGAACAAGCGAAUGAAUGAGGCAAUUGAGAAAUAUUUGAAGCCGAUUGGACUUGAGUUCAGAUACGAGUAAAAAGGGAUGGGGGCAGGCAAGUGGCUUGCACAUCCUCUGCUCUGGCAAACAUUUGGUAUUUGAAUUUCGUUCAGUUGCCAGUAUAAAAGUGCAUAUUAACAAAAAUGUAAUUUAGACUAUCAACAUUUUUUCUACUUUUUCA